AGAGGGUGGGAGAACAGGUAUUUUAACCCCAUUAUACAGAUGAGGAAACUGAGGUGCAGAGACCUGAGCACACUGCCUCUGAAGCUUUGCUGCUGCUGCCAAAGGUUCUCCUGGAACCUUUCAAACCUGUCUACGUGUGUGUCUCUCCACUUCAGGACAUCAUUCCUCACCUCCAGGGCUGGAAGAGAGCAAUCCCUCCCUGCUGCUGAUUCUGCUGGUUUCCAGCAUCCAGCCCCUCCCCUGAAUAGGAUGCUUCUGGGGCAUCAAUGAAGAUGAGGUUGCUGUUCUGUGCAUCCGUUCCACAUAGGACACACUCCAAGAAACCAGGGAAAGAAGCGAACCACCUCAGAAAAUAUUUCUGGGAGGAUUUUAGCUAGUGAAGAGACUACUUUAGAAGCAAAUGGAAACUUGAACUUCCACAUGUAGCCCUGGGUGAAAUUCCUGGCAAGAUGUGACCCCUGAGACUUUGAUACAGCUGCCGAGCGGUGCUGCUGCUGUUGUGGAAGUCUCUGGAGAUUGCACAGUGACAGUUUCUGCUGAUUUUCCAGGCGCUGCACACCGGGAGGAGAGGAGGUGAUUUGGCCUGUGAAGAGCUGCUAUUUGGGUUGUCUGCGAUGGGGGAAGUAAGUCCUGUUGCCCUAGACUUGGGCUCUGGCAAGAAAAAGAGCCAGGAUGAUUAUCCCCACCACAAUUCCCAGACCUGGAGGAGGGCACGGAUGGGAGCUCAGUGAGCAGCAGUGGACCAGGAAAAUAAAGUCGCCACCCCACUGACGGAAUCAAAGCUAAAGAGAAGCUCUGCAGAGGGCCUGGGAUGGAGCCUUGGGCCCCCCUGCAGCAGUCCCACCCUUGGGGGAGAUCUGCAGGCCUGUCCAAGAGCCCAGACCAGGAGCCCCAAAAGGAUGGCUACCCCAAGCCCACGUCCCACCCUGGGCAAAAUGGAGAGGGGCAUUUCGAGCAUCUAGACCAGAAAGGAGACCCCUUGCCCUGGCCAGACCCACAGGGAGACUGUCAGCAGCCCGCUCACCCAGACGGACCAGCCGAACCCAGCAGGCCAGAGACCUGGGCCCGGAACUAUGAGGGAGAGCUUCCGUAUCUGUCAUUUCCGAGGCUAGGCUACCAGGACCCUUACCAGAACUACCCCUCUCCAAGGACCAGGGAAGAAUAUUCUUAUGGAGGUUUUUAUCGUGGACACCCAGACCUCUGUCAGGAAGAAAGAGUGCCAAAGCCAGGGAGCCCCUACAUCAGGCACGAAGAUUAUUGGUAUCAAAACUACAUCGGGAACUAUCGCCAUGAUCAUCUGGACAGCUCAUUCGAUGCUAAUAGUGACUCCCAGCCCUGGGCUAAAAAUUAUGAUGCUUACAAGGUGAGCCCCACCCCUGGCUCCAAGCAGGAGAAGCCCGGAGGAGAGCACCAAGAUGUUGCUUCAAAUGUGCUGGAAGAGGAAGAGGCCAGCAGGGAGUACAAAGAGUUAUCAAGAGCUGAUGAACCCAGUAUGCUCCAGCACUAUAAGGACUCUGGCCUGAGUUCCAGCAGCUAUGAACUCAGUCAGUACAUGCCAGACCCCUCAGAUCACAGUUACCCCAUGCAUUCGGAGUCUUGGAAUCUGGAACCAGCAGAUGACACCACGUCAGACAACCCUACGGCAUCCAUGAAAUAUUCCGUUCCUCAUGUACCCGUGUGCUUUGGCCCAGGGGGCCAGCUGGUGCGGGUGUGCCCUAACUCUCCAACUGACGGGCAGACCGCUCUUGUUGAAGUGCAUAGUCUGGAGGUUAUUCUCAGUGACACCAAGGAACAGGAGGAUAUGAGGGCCUUCUCGGGGCCUCUGAUCAGGGAAGAUGUGCACAAGGUGGAUGUGAUGACGUUUUGCCAAAAGAAAGCCGCUCUGUGUCGUGAGUUGGAGACUCCGAGGGGCAAAGAGUCAGCCCUACUCUGGCAGCUGCUGGUCCUCCUCUGUCGGCAGAAUGGGUCAAUGGUGGGAUCGGACACAGCCGAGUUGUUGAUGCAAGACUGCAAGACUUCGGAGAAAUACAAGCUUCAGGCACCGCCGGCGGCCAACCUGAUCAACCUAACAGAUGAGGACUUGCUCAGGCACAGCUCUCAGACCCCGAAUCUCCUCACCGGGGAAGUCCCACCCAGAGUGGCCACCCGGCCUCAUGCUGUCGAGAAAUUCACCAAACUUCUCUUCUAUGGCAGGAAAAAGGAAGCCCUUGAGUGGGCCAUGAAGAACCAUUUGUGGGGCCACGCUCUUUUCCUGUCCAGCAAGAUGGACCAGAGGACUUACACCUGGGUCAUGAGUGGCUUCACCAGCACGCUGGCCCCCAGUGACCCCCUGCAAACUCUCUUCCAGCUCAUGUCCGGGCGGAUCCCCCAGGCAGCAAUGAGCUGCGGGGACAGGCAGUGGGGAGACUGGAGGCCACACCUGGCAGUGAUGCUGUCCAACCAGGCGGGAGACGCAGAGCUGAACAAGAAGGCCAUCGUGACCAUGGGCGACACCCUGGCUGGGAAAGGCCUAGUGGAGGCCGCACAUAUCUGCUACCUUAUGGCCCGCGUGCCUUUUGGUCACUAUGCUAGGAAGACAGAUCACCUGACCCUGCUGGGGAGCAGCCACAGUCAGGCGUUUAUAAAAUUUGCCACGAUGGAAGCUAUCCAGAGGACGGAAAUUUUCGAAUACUGCCAGACGUUGGGUCGUCCCAAAUCCUUCAUCCCUUCUUUCCAGGUCUACAAGCUCAUUUACGCCUCCCGCCUGGCCGAUUAUGGGCUCACGUCUCAAGCCUUAUAUUACUGUGAAGGGAUCAGUUCAGCACUCCUCUCCCAGACCGAGAGCAAGCACCCGGUGCUGUUAGUGGAACUCAUCAAGUUAGCAGAACGACUGCAAUUGUCGGACCCCCUUCUUCUGGAAAGACCUCGACGAGGGAAGACAUUGGAGCCAGAUUGGCUGGUCCAUCUCCGAGACAGACACAAAGAGCUUGAGGUGGAAAAACACAAGGAAAGCCGUGGAGAAUACAACCCAGCCAUUUUAAGAAUCAGCGAAUCAGAUACUACCGUGUGCCAAGAUCCUGGGCAGUCACGCCCCCAGGUGUAUCCCUCCUACGUGAAGCCUCUGCCUGCGGGACAGAGCCGCAACCCGCCAGGCCUGUGGGAGCACCACCCUUCCUCUCAGCCAGGCCCCCGUCCUGUGGGAGGCCAGCCGGGCCAAUCCAGAAAAUCGGGGCCACUAUAUGCCACGCCUGAGGUCUACCCUCCUGCCUCCAGCCACAUGGGGGCCGUCCUGACUUCACCAGAAAGAGUCCAGUAUUCAGAAGCUCCCAGCGUUCCUUCAGAAUCUCAGUCCUCACUGAUACCCAGGGCCCGCAGCAUCUCCAGGACCUCCACCAUCUCCUUGGAGGAGGAGGACAGGGAGGGGAUGGACUCCGUGGAUGAUGCUGAGGAAAAAGCCCUAGGGACCAAUGGAGUGGAAGAAAAUAGCAAGAGCUUGGGGUUUGGCUGGUUAAGCUGGUUCCGAUCCAAGUCUACCAACACUGUGGCACCUAUUGAGGAAAAGAACUCCUGGAAUGGCUCUGAACCUGAGACACUGUUCCAUCCCCAGGAAAUGACUCCAGCUGCUUCACUGUCACCCUUUCUGUCCCCUUCACUACCUCACUCAGGGGCCAACCCAUUCUCCAGAAGUGAGAACGGAGCCAUGAGAGUUGGAGAUAAAGCUGUGGGCUUACAGGCUGGAGGUGUGCCGAUGACCGAGGGUAUCUCCCGUGAUUUGUACUUUGGCCCUAGGACUCUACCUCCUCCUCCUCCUCCUCCAGUCGGGGCUGUCCCUCUCUACAACCCCUCUCAGAUAUCACAGCUCACCUCUACCAUGGCCACAGGGCUGAAUCGGACAAGCCGCCUUGCCCAGAGACGCUAUCCAGCUCAGCCGUGAUGAGGACCAUUCACCCUUUCCUCCUGUCCCAGGCUCCUUUUCCAAGGACUUGCUCUUCGGGUUUAUCCUCUUCCAGGCCUGGAAUAAGUGCUGCUUUCACAUCUGGUUUAUUCUCCAUCUUUCCGCCACCCUGGCCCCAUCUGGUCUGUGACUUCAAGAGGCUGAAAUGGUCUUUGCCCAGUGAUCACAGAGAGAGAGGGAAAGAGAGAGAGAGAAAGUGUGUGUGUGUGUGUGUGUGUGUGUGUGUGUGUAUGUGUGUGUCUGCUCCCGUGUCUGAACUGCAGUAAGCAGCUGAGAAAUGGUUUCACCAAGGGGAAAAAUACUUCAAGCAAACAUGUACCAUUAAACAGGGAACAAACACAUUGACAGCAUCCUGCCCCAUGGGACAAUGGAGGACGUUUUGCUUGAGACAUUUUGACUCAACUGGAGUAAAGCCCAGUGGGUGUCCUACUGAAGAGAACAUUCCUGAACUGAUGGGGAGAUUCCCAUGAAUCCCAGCCAUCCCUAAGAUCUCAGCAUAGGCAAAGGCAUGGCACUAUGUGAUCGUGUGGGAGAAAAAUCUGAGAUUGGAUUCUCCUCCCUAUUGUCCUAUCCACCCUCUUACCAUUCUCCCACUCAGCAUGAGCUGGGAAAGUUUUUGGUUAUUCCGUGUCCCAUUUUCUCUCAAGUUCAUAGUUUAUUCUUGUCCCUUGAAAUGAUGCUUUGCUCUAGGGGUAUAUAUUUAUGGUGGUAUUUUUACAGACAAAGGGCUUUUAGAGUCAUCGAGUCCCAAUUCCCUCCCAGACCUUUUCUCUGGUGGCCCUAUUUUUCCCUUUUCCAGGCUGACGUGAUGUUGAGAUUGCUCGAGACACACCGUGCCAUUGUAAUGAUUGCCUCCAAGUGUAAGGUCGACACAGGCCUUGAUGGACUUGGGGCAGAGGAAGCUGGAGAGUAGGGGAGACACAGAGCAUGGACCCCUGCAGCAAUGCACGUGCCAGGACUCUUUAUAGCUGUAGCAGUGGGUGUGUAGAAGUAAUGCACAGAGGGAUUGGAGAUUUCUGGGUAUCAUGGCCUUGAGGGUCACCCUGCAAUAAUCUAUGAACUCUUGAAGACAAGGAACUCUAGAUUCAUUCUUUCAUUCAAUAGUAUUUAUUGAGUGCUCACUAUGUGCAGAGCACUGUACUAAGCACUUGGA